AAACAUUACGGCCUACGAAAAUCCCACCUUAUGAAACUUAUCUCCUAUGUGGAUGCAGGGGGCAAGCUUGACAGUCACGAUGAAGUUCCAGAAGGCAUUCGACAAGCUCUCUACGUGGAGGCCCAGCAGAAACUUGAGAGGGCGUCGAAUAAAACGAACAACCAGGUCGCUUUGGGGGCCCCAUAUCCAAUCAAUAUCAAUCUCUUGGCUCCGCAGGAUGAUGCUGUCAAGGCAUACUGUGAAUGGCACGAGCUGCAAGUGACUGACGAAAAGCGCAAAGCUGACUGGCGUAAGGCAUGCAAUAUCACUCUGUCCAAUGGCCUUGACCUCGAGUUAGUCGAAGAAGAUUAA